UUAUAGUGAAUACAGUGGAGCACGAAAUACGAACUACGGAAGGCGAGAAACAAGAUGAAUAAAAAUUGCUGUUUUGAAUUAUAGAAAUAUCCGUGAUUAAAUUAAAUUUAGUUUUUUGGGUGAAAAGUAGAUGUAUGUCGACAUAAUCUUAUAGAAGUUCUGCGUUAAAAGCCAUAGUUUUGCGUCGACUUUUCGGUGUUGAUACUCAAACUGGAUAAAACUUAAUUUCACGUAUUUUAACUGGAUGAUCGUUGAAUGGAGAUAAAUAUACCAUAAAAUUUUUAGUUCAUAAGUCGUCUGUUAGAAUCACAGAACACUUACUCUAACGAGUAAGAAUGUCGCGUUCAGUUCGAGCAGAGAGUAGAAAUCGUGUUAAAGAUGAUAUUAAGAGAGUCAUGCAAGCUGUUGAAAAAGUUCGCCAUUGGGAAAAGAAAUGGGUGACUAUUGGUGAGACCACUAUGAAGAUAUAUAAAUGGGUGCCAAUAUCAACAAGCGACCAAAAGAAGAAACACGCGCUAAAGCGGGAAAAUAAAGAAAACACAUUAACACCAAAGAAAGUGCAUGAUUCAUCGAACUCAAAUUUUGGAAUGGCGGAAGAUUCAAACACUUGUUUUUCCACAGUGAGUGACUCCCAGGGUCCAACUGAUUUCACUUCAUCACACAUGAACUUUUCUGAGGAUUCCAAUUCACAGAGUAGUGGGACAAUAACUCCAGCUAAACGUUUAAAAAAUGAUUGAAGACGUGACAUGUGAUAUGUGAGACUUGAAAACUAACUGUGAAAGUGUAAAGUGGACACUCAAUUUAUCCAAUAGUUGUAGUAACUUAUCAUUUACAGAGACAGUGCAUUGUCUAUUGUCACUAUUAUUGAGUUGAGUUUAUUUAGCGUUUAAUUUAAAUUUAAUAGCAUUUAUUUUUAAUUAAUUGAAUUUGUAACUUCUUCAGAUAAAAGUGAUACUAAAAUGAAUAUUUCUUACUGUGCAUCAGUAAUUUUUUUAUUUUAUGAUAAAAUUAUAUUUUCUUUAUGUAUAUUAUUUAAAAUAUUAAUUUAAAUUGAAUGAAACGAUUGCAGCGAGAGAAUACAACAGAGAAUUUGAUUUUAUUUACCAUAGCUUGAAAUUGCAAUAAAAAGGUUUAAAAAUUAAAAAACUGCUGAUUUUUGAACUUGAAAUUUCUGCUAUAUGAGAUGUAUGCAAAUAUUCUUUCAGAAAGCUUUGUGUGCCAAUAUAUUUCCCAUUUCAAUUUUCUCAUUUAAAAGUUAGCAUCCCAGAUUGUUGAGAGUGUACACUUAUAAAAUUAUUUCUAACUAGCUGACCCUGUAGACUUGUACUGUCUCAAUCGAUAAAUAAAAGACAAACUUUUGUAUAAAAUAAACUUAAAACAAAGAAAAGGUAUCACUUUUUUAUAAAAACAAAUAAAAAAAAUGCUCAGUA